CAUCUGUCACCGCUGGCAGUUUGGGCAAAGCCCAUGCUGAGAGCUCAGGAGGACCCUUGAAACACAGGGAACCCAGUGGAAAGAGCUGAAUUGUGGAUUCUAGUAGAUCUUCUGGAAGGUCUCCUGGGCUGUAGGCCAGAAUCCUUAAGGAGCUGGAAUCUCCCUUGCCUUGGGGAAGAUGAAGACUCGGGCCCGCCAGCAGCCCUGUCUUCUGAAAGGGAAGAAGAGAUGGUUUUUGUGGGCCCUCAGCGGCUUCCUCUUCCUGCUCUCAGCGACCAUGACUGGCUGCUUCCUGUGGCAGUACUACCUCCCCAAGCUGCAGGCUGGUUCCUUGAAGCCAGAGGUGCCCCCAGCCCCGGUGAGGAUGUGUCCCAGGCACCCUGAGCUUGUGCCUCUUGCUCACCCCCUGCCAGUGCUGAAAGAGGCCUUGGAGAAGGUGGAUGGGAUUCUGCGUAAGGCGAUGUUGGCCCCAGGCCUGGCUGCCAUGUCUGCCCUGGUCAUCCAUAAUGACACUGUGCUCUGGACUGGGAACUUCGGAAGGAAGAACGGCUCAGAUCCAAAUUCUGGAACCCCUAAUGAGUAUACCAUGUACCGGAUUGCCAGCAUCUCCAAGAUCUUCCCUGUCCUGAUGCUCUAUCGCCUGUGGGAGGAGGGCAUCGUGGACUCUUUGGAUGAUCCUCUGGAGCGCUAUGCCAGCACAUUCUCCAUCAACAACCCGUUGGGCACAGCCCAAGGCUCUGAAACACAGGACCCAACGGGGGAAUUUGAAGAGAUGGGCUCCCUCCCAAAGCCAUCCCCUGUCACUCUCCGGAGGAUGGCCAGUCAGUUGUCAGGACUGCCCCGAAGGCUCCGGGGCACUUCACUGCUGUGGAGAGGCAGCACCCAGGAGGCUCUGAGCCUGCUUAAGGAUGACGUCCUGGUGGCUGACCCAGGAACCAGAUGCCACUACAGCACGCUGGCCUUCUCUCUCCUAGCCCAUGUGCUGGCUGCGCACAGGGCACAGGGCGACUACGAGCGCUGGGUGUCUGAGCAGGUGCUGGAACCGCUGGGGAUGAGUGACACCGGCUUUGCACUGACGGGAGCAGUGCGUGCUCGUCUGGCUGCUGGCUUCUACGGUAGCGGCAGGUCCGCCCCGCUCUACGAUCUGGGCUGGUACCGGCCAUCGGGCCAGAUGUACUCCACAGCUGCAGACCUGGCCAGGCUUGCGGCUGCGCUCCUGGGUGCAGGACCCCGACGGCUGCUACGACCGGACAGCCUGGCCACACUGCUAGCACCCCUGCGCGCCUGCGCCCACGGCUACUUUGCUAGUGAAACCGGCACACCCUGGGAGUUCCACGAGAGGCGCGGAUACCGCGUGGCGCGCAAGGAUGGCGACUUGGACGGCUAUGCCGCCAGCCUGGCGCUCGUGCCACCGCUGCGCUUGGGAUUUGUGCUGUUGCUGGCCGGGCCUCGCCCUCCCACGCGCGACCUGGUGGCCGACGCCCUGGAUACGCUGCUGCCGGCCCUGGAGCGCGCCUUGCGCGAGGCGGAGCUUGCCCCCGCGCCCCCGCCCCGCGCGCGCCCGUUCGCCGGCUUCUUCACCUUCGCUAACCGCACCUUUUACGAGGUGCGCGCCGCCGGGCCGCGUGGCGAGCUGCGCUUGCGCCAGUUUGGGCCGCGCGUGGAGGCGCUCGUGCCCGCCGCCUUCCGAUCGCUCGCUCUGCGCCACGUGCGCGGCCGCGUCUUCCAGCUGCACGUGGCGCGCGCGUUCCCGUGCACGCUGCCGCUAGCAGACGCCUGGCUGUCCCUGGAGGCCCAGCACGGGCAGCUGGUGCGGUUCUACCCGCUGGAUCGUCACGGGCUGGCGCCAGGCUUCGACGUACCGGGCCUCAACACCUACGGAGUGCUGCGCCUGCCACGCAGGCCGGUGUUCGGCUCCCAGUGAGCUGGGCAUCCCCACGCGCGCGCGUCCACACAUGCCUUUGCGUCGCCCACGCUUGCAACCCUCCGCUUACCUCCAGCCUGCCCACGCCCACCUGCAGCUCUCCUCUUAUCUGCAGCCUCCCGGUCCUCUCCAAUCCCUCCGGCACCUCCCCCCAACCCCGUAGCUUCUCAAGCGUGCAGCCUCUCUCACCCCACACUGCCUGACACCUUCUUGCUUCUCCCCAAACCCCCUCUGCAUUUACAACCCUCUCUGCAUUUAGCCUCACGCCACUUCAGCCUCUUCACACCUGCAACCUCCCCUGUAUGGUGUCUCUCCCACUCCAGCGGUCCCCUUCCUCCAGCUUCCUACCCGUGCUUGGCAGGGAGGCUAACCGGAGAACACAGUAGUUGGCAAAGUUGGGUCUUCUUGGACCACAGCUGGUUUCAAACUCCUUU